AGAGUUCAUAGCCAAGUGGAUGUCCCUGGACCUGGACAUGUUGCUGGCACCAGCUCUGGAGACCCUGCCUACUAUAUCGGCUAUCCUGCCAUGGCAUCAAGUAGAUCUUCCUACCUGGCCCUGUACAACAUCCUGAAUUUCCCUGCCGGUGUGGUGCCCGUCACCACCGUGAUGCUACAGGAUGAGGAGGAACUGGCCUUCUACAGGGGCUACUACAGAGAUCGUUCCGAAAAAGAUUUCCAAGAGGUGGUGAGAGGAUCUGUGGGGCUUUCGGCGGCUGUGCAGGGCACCGCUUUGCCACGAGAAGAGGAACUGUGUCUCCAGUUCAUGAAGGAGGUGGAGGCCUUGGUCAAGAAGCACAGGGAAUCCAAGUGACAAGACACUCCUUCUCCUGGAGGCCUUUCUACAUCCUCACUUAAGUCUGCUCUCGAUGUCCCUUCCUUCUCAUGAAUACCAGAUCUGCCUCAUUUCUCCUCCUCCUGGAAGCCCACCAGAGUUUUUCUUUGUUAUCCCUCUGUGUGUCUGCUCAAUACAGACACCCCAGAUUAUCCCAAGAUAGGGAGCAGGAUGAAGUGCUUAAUAAACGUUUUGACUGGCCAGCCUCGUGAUCUCUGGUCUAGGUGGGGAGGUGGGGCUGUAG